AUGGCACCACCAUCAGCAUUGUUCGCCGAGGAAACAUCUCCCAUCGAUGGAGUUCAAUUGAAAUCAGCCUUCGACGUUAAAGUCGAAUCUUCGCAGGCAGCCACUCAAGGCAAGACACUUGCUGACCUUGCCGAGAAAUGGGACCAAGGAUUUACAUUUGCUCCUAUUCGUGAAUCUCAAGUCUCGCGUGCCAUGACCCGCCGCUACUUCAAUGAUCUCGAUACAUAUGCAGAGUCUGAUAUCGUCAUCGUUGGUGCUGGUUCAUGUGGUCUCAGUACUGCCUACAUGCUAGGCAAGGCUCGUCCUGAUCUCAAGAUUGCCGUCAUUGAGGCUUCUGUUUCUCCAGGUGGAGGAGCAUGGUUGGGUGGACAACUCUUCAGUGCUAUGGUCAUGCGAAAGCCUGCUGAUGCCUUCUUGACUGACCUUGGUGUUCCGUUUGAAGAUGAGGGAGACUUUGUUGUGGUCAAGCAUGCUGCUUUAUUCACUUCAACUCUCUUAUCCAAGGUUCUUGCGUUCCCCAAUAUCAAACUGUUCAAUGCGACCGCCGUUGAGGAUCUCAUUACACGUCAAACUACCGACGGCAACAUCAGAGUCGCAGGAGUGGUGACAAAUUGGACACUUGUCACAAUGCAUCAUGAUGACCAGAGUUGCAUGGAUCCAAACACAAUCAAUGCUCCUGUUGUCAUCUCUACCACUGGGCAUGAUGGUCCAUUUGGCGCGUUCUGUGUCAAGCGUUUGGUUUCAAUGAAUCAGAUCAAGGAACUCGGUGGUAUGAGAGGACUUGAUAUGAAUGUCGCUGAAGACGCUAUUGUCAAAAGGACUAGGGAAAUUGUUCCAGGUUUGAUUGUCGGAGGCAUGGAAUUGUCAGAGGUCGAUGGUGCAAACCGCAUGGGUCCCACGUUUGGUGCCAUGGCACUUUCUGGCGUGAAAGCCGCUGAGGAAGCUUUGAGAAUCUUCGAUGAACGCAAGGCACAAAAUGCCUACUAG